GUUGCUUCUGGAGCUCUGAUUCCGGGCUUCGGGCGCUGCAGUUGCAAGACAGACGAUGGCACCUUGGCUCAAGUUCUGCUCCUUCUUCUUCUCCCUCACUGCCUGUUUCGAUGGCCCGAGGCUUGCCGUGUCGGCAGGAGGAACCAGCGGCAGCGGGGGCAGGAAAGGGCCAGCGGGUGAUGCUUGUGGCUGGAAGGGUUUAUCACCAAUCGGAAAGAAUCCUGGGCUGCUUAAUAUCACCUUUAAAUAUGACAACUGCACUCCUUAUUUGAACUCAGCGGGAAAACAUGUGAUUGGUGAUGUACAGAACAUCACUAUUAGCCAAUAUGCAUGCUCUGAUCAAGUUGCAGUGACAAUAUUAUGGACAGCAAAUCCCAUUGGUAUUGAAUUUCUGAAGGGAUUUCGAGUAAUACUUGAAGAGUUAAAAUCAGAAGGAAGACAGUGUCAACAGUUGGCUUUAAAAGACCCAAAGCAGCUCAAUUCAAGUUAUAAGUGGACUGGAGUGGAGUCUCAGUCUUUUCUAAAUCUGAAAUUUGAAACUGACUACUUUGUAAAGAUUGUCCCUUUCCCAUCCAUUAAGAAUGAAAGCAACUACCACCCCUUUUUCUUCAGAACUCGGCCUUGUGAAUUGCUGCUACAGCCGGAAAACUUAGCCUGCAAACCUUUUUGGAAGCCAAGGAAUCUGAAUGUUACCCAGCAAGGCUUUAAUAUGCAUGUGUCUUUUGACCAUGCACCACAUAAUUUUGGAUUCAGAUAUUAUUAUCUGCACUACAAACUUAAAAAUGAAGGACACUACAAACAGAAGACUUGCAGACAGGAAAAAAAUACAGAUGUCACAAGCUGUAUUCUUCAGAAUGUGUCACCUGGAGAUUAUAUAAUUGAGCUGGUUGAUGAUACCAACACGACAAGGAAAACAAUGCACUACGCACUAAAACCAGUGCACUCGCCGUGGGCCGGGCCAAUAAGAGCAAUAGCCAUUACCGUUCCCUUGGUUGUCGUCUCUGCAUUUGCAACACUGUUUACGGUAAUGUGUCGCAAAAAACAACAAGAAAAUAUCUAUUCCCAUUUAGAUGAGGAGAGUUCAGAAUCUUCAAAUUACUCUGCUGCCCUCCAUGUAGAAAGGCAACGGCCUCGUCCCAAAGUGUUCAUCUGCUAUUCCAACAAAGAUUGUCAGAAGCACAUUAAUGUCAUCCAAUGCUUUGCCUAUUUCCUUCAGGACUUCUGUGGUUGUGAGGUUUCUUUAGAUUUAUGGGAAGAUCUGAGAAUUUGUAAAGAAGGGCAAAAAGACUGGCUCCAUCGAAAAAUCAAUGAAUCCCAAUAUAUCAUCAUUGUGUGUUCCAAAGGAAUGAAAUACUUUGUGGAGAAAAAGAACUGGAAACACAAGGGACCCAGGGAAAAGGAUGCUGGAAAGGGAGAACUGUUUCUGGUCGCUGUAGCUAUAAUAGCAGAGAAGCUGCGACAUGCAAAACAGAAUUCACAUGACCUCUACAAGUUCAUUGCUGUCUACUUUGAUUAUUCCUGUGAGGGUGAUAUUCCUGGUAUUCUGGAUUUAACUACAAAGUACAAGCUCAUGGAUAACCUGCCUCAGCUUUAUUCUCAUUUACAGUCCAGAGAUCUUAGCCUUCAUGAUUCAGAUUUGUAUCCUGUACACAUUAGCAAAAGAAAUUAUUUCAGGAGCAAAUCUGGGAGGUCUCUUUAUGUAGCCAUUUGCAACAUGCACCAGUAUAUUGACGAGGAGCCUGACUGGUUUGAAAAGCAGUUUGUUCCUUUUUCCCCAGCACCUUUACAUUACCAAGAGCCUGUGAUGGAAAAAUUUGACUCUGGAUUGGUGUUAAAUGAUUUAGUCAGUAAACAAGUGACUGAUGGGGAUUUCUUCUUAAAAGCAGAUGCAAAUAUUGUUCCACCUUUAAAUUCAGACUCUCAUUGUGUGAUGCAGCAUUUGACUCUUGGAGAGGACAGAGAAUCUCAGGACAUUCAGAAUGGUAGCUCCAUUCUUCAGCCAUUGUUACAUAGCGUAAAAGCUUCCAUUCUCCCAGAUAUGCCCCGGGACUCUGGAAUUUAUGAUUCUUCUGUUCCUUCAUCUGAAUUAUCAUUACCUUUAAUGGAAGGACUCUUAGCAGACCAGAUUGAAACCUCUUCCAUUGCAGAGAGUGUCUCCUCUUCAUCAGGACUGGGAGAAGAAGAACCUCCUUUGCUUGCUGCCACCAAAUCCUUAGUGCCUGGAAUAUGUAAAGCAGAACUUCAUUGCCAUAUCCGCACUGAAGAACUGCAGGCAGUUGCACCUUUAUAACACAUUGCAAGAUUGUUACGCAUUGCCACUUUAUCAUCAACAGCCUUUGUGUAUGCAUUAAUCUCUAUGUCAUCACAGCCACGUGACUUACUUGAAGGAAAAGAAACUUUCCUGGAAGGUUACCUGUUGCUUCCCAGGGGAGUUUAUGGCCAGUAUAUUUUUAUACAUAGUUCUCACUUACUUUUUUUUUUUAAAGUAUCUUCUGCUUGAUACUGUAACAGCUAAGAUAAAAAAGUUCUUCCUACAAUUAACUUGUAUUUCAUGAUCAAGCUACAUAUACAAAAGUUCAAGCAUGUUUACUUUCUAAACGUGUGUGUGUAUGUGUGUGUACAUAAACACAGUGCUUUUUUGUUAAAAAAUAAGGUGCCAGUACUCAUAUGUUGAUAAAAGUACUGUGGAUGCCAGCACAAAAUGGCAGGCAUGGGCAGCAAAAAAAAAGAGGUGUCGGUGUUCCAUACCAACCCAGUGAGAAAUACAACAUGAAUAGCCAAUAAAUGCUUGGCACUCUGAGAUUCAGUGCAUUUUAUAGUGUUUCUUCCAGCUCUUUAAGUUGCUGAAGUACUUGGUCUUCUUGAUAAUAUAAUAAGUGCAGCAGGAUUUGGGGGAUGGGAGAACAGAAUUCAGUGUUAAAAUGCCAAAGAAUAGACCUAUAAAGAAUAGACGUCAUUGGAAGAGAAAUUUCUCAUUUUUUUUCUUAAACUCUGUUCAUGUUUAUCUGCCCCAUUGUGUUUUGGUAGAAAGUUAAAACAUGUCACAUUUUUGUGUCUUAUGUUAACCUGUGGACUUAUUUAUGUUAAUCUUUAUUUUGACAUUUCAGUUAGAGAAUAGUUUACAUCUAAACUCAAUCAUGUUUACUAUUUCUUUUCAGAGUUUCAUUUUAGGAUUGUUAUCUUUGUUCCUUAGGGAAAACUGUAUCCCUGUAAAUGUUAUUGGCUGAACCUGUAGAUGCUAAAAUGCUAUGUAUAGUCCAAUAGAAUCAUUUGUUUUUGAGGAGGGAACAAGUAUAAGCAAUUUUAUUGUUUGCUUAUAUGAUUGUCAAAGUGUCCAUAACAUACUAAAAAUCCCAGAAAAUCUUAAUGGAGUUGUAACCAAUAUGGCCUCCACUUUGCACUGGAUCUCAUGAAUUUGUUACAUAUGUUAAUGCAUAUAUACAUUACCUUAUUUUUCCCAUUUGUUUAAUAAUUUUAAACGGUAUCCAUGUAUAAAACACAUGCAUGUAUAUAAAGUUGCACAUGCAGCCGCAACAAAAAAUACAAGUGUGUAACAGUCAAACAUUUGAAAAAAAUGUGGGUGUUUAUGUGGAUCCAAUAUGCAAAGUCUUUGGAGCCAUUAUGCAAAGUCAUUGAGAGACAACCUUUGCAAAUUGUACUAAAUGUCUUUAUCAAAAUUGUCUUAAAACCAUUUUAGUCUAAAAUGGGUUAGUGUUUAAUGGCAAUAGCUACACCAAGUUCAGUAAGCAACCCUGUAGAUGUUACUUUAAAAGAAAUGUAAACUUCAUUUGAUAGUUCAAACUUCAGAGGGAAUUUGCUGAAGAGUUGCAGCAGCAAGUAUUGAUAUUUCUGGCAGGGAUACCCAUACUAACUAUUUUUAACUUUGCACUGCCUGUUGCCUGGCCCUAUCUAUCUGUGUGCUGAUCACACACAGUUAGCCUGUGUAUCUUGAUUAUUAGCAGUUGCCCCUUAAUACUUUCCAUUCCACAGCAGUCAAGUUAUUCUAUUUGGCAGCCUUUCCCUAAUUUUAAAGUGCAUUGUAGUUAGUGAAUUCUUAAAACUUAAGCUAGAGAAGCCAGAGCAACAUAUUUGUCAAGCUAUUAGCAAAACACAUAAGGUUGUAUUCAAUGUCAGAUUAGCUCCAGGAUUUCUCCCACUGUUCUUUCCUCAUCUACCCCCUAAAUCUGUUGUUUUCCCAAGCCCUUCGGAACAUGCGUGGAGGGAGGCGGGGAAAUCGCAUUGCUCUUGCACCAAUUCUUGUAUUAGUGCAACUCUUUCUUUCUUUGAAUACUGCCCAUAAGUUUUUCUGCUGGUAUAGUAGGUGCAGUGAUCCCCAAAUUAUCUGACAAAUAAUUGAUUAAAAGUUUUAAGAAUUACUGACAAGCCAGAGUGUUCAGAGUUUAUUUGUGCAUUGGAAAAGCACAUAAUUGCCUCAGUGAACCAAAGUAUGCAUGUAACUUCUUCAAAAGUAACAACCUUUUCAUUGAUUGCUGAUAUGCAGGGGCCUCAGUCCAGUAGGAAUUUGAUGCUAUUCUGACAGAGCAAGCAUAGGCAGUCAAAUUGCCUGCAGGCUUACUUGGAAGUUUUCCUUCCUUCUGUUUUAUUUACAUCCUAGCCAUUCUAUUUAUAUCCUAGCCAUAACCCAAUACAGAGUUGUGCAUGCUCUGUUUUGUUUUGGAUGGUGGCUACUGGGGGCAGUUACCCACAGGUGACAGAGAGCAGGAUGAAAGGGCACACCAAGAGGCAAUAUAGGCACACAUCAAUUGUUCACAUGGAGUAGAUGCCUUCCCAUCCUAUUUCCCCAUGUACAUAUGCUUUCCCAUAAAUGGAAACUUCUCUAACUUCAAUGGGAUGCUCUUACUUACUCAAUCCUUCUGACCAAAUAUUUUUUCUCUCCGCCCCCCUCAGCAACAAAAGACAGUGCAUAACAAACCCAAUAUUAUUUUCAAGAGAAGGUGAAGUCAUUCUACAAAAUAUUUUUCCAUUUUGAGUCCCCCUCCCUUUACUCUAUUUUUUCUUAAAAUUAAAAUUGCAUUCAAGGACAUUUUAUUGUGGUAAAUUUUUAACAAAGGAUGAAUUCACCAGGAAUUAAUCCUGUGCCGGCUUGGUUGAAACUUGUGCUCCUUUGUAAAUCCCAUUGAUCCUAGUGAGAUUUGCACUAGAAGUACUCACGGUGGAUUAUGCCAAAAGUAAACUACUCAGCUCACCAAACCAUGGCUUUCACACUUCUCUCCCAGCCCCCCUCCGUGUCAUUGGGAGGAGGAAUUUGGAGCUUUUGCUUCUAAUUAACCAGUGUGGGGUUGUCCAGACCAACAAACUCUGGUUAACGUUGUUGUUAUGUGCCUUCAAGUUGAUUAUGACUUAUAGUGACCCUAUGAAUCAGUGACCUCCAAGAGCAUCUGUCCUGAACCACUCUGUUCAGAUCUUGUAAGUUCAGGUCUGUGGCUUCCUUGAUGGAAUCAAUCCAUCUCUUGUUUGGCCUUCCUCGUUUUCUACUCCCUUCUGUUUUUCCCAGCAUUAUUGUCUUUUUUAAACCACAGUUAAUGUUAACCACAGUUUGUUGGUCCGGGCAAUAAAACAAACUGUGGUUAACGAAAAGCAGAAGCCAAAGUUCCGAACUCCAUCCUAGCUAUGUGGAAGGAGAACAUGGGAGAGGGAGGAGCCUGAAAACCCAAGGCUGGCUCAUGCUCAUUUCAGUUUAUGCAAAUACAACCAUUGGGUAUGAACUAGUCCGGCACGUUUAACUUCAAGGGGAGCAUAUUAAGCAUGUGCUUUACUUUCACACUAAAAUAAGUGGGAAUUUACAGUAAAUAUGUUUAACUUAUGGUUGGAUUAUGUUAAUUGUGUAUUUGAGGCUUAAGAGUACAAUACUAAAGAAUCUUAAAUAAUCCUUUUAUUCCUCCUAGUAAGGUCUGCAAAAAAACCUCUUGUAUGCCAAAAAUGUUAAUAUACAUUUUAGGGGAUGGGUUGCUAUUGUUUUAGUGUUGUUACUAAAGACUGAACAGAUUAUAAAAUGGUAACAUCCCAUUUUUUUUAAGAUUAUACAAAUGUGGAGAUACAAUAAUUGUUAAUGUUUAACUCCUAUUUUGUUGUAUGAGUAAAUUGAAAACUGCAACAUGCAUCUACAUGUGUCAGCAUUUAAGUAAAUGUAGCAGUUUUCAUGUUGAUGUACAUGAAUAUAAGCUCUUGACAGUAGCUGAUACUUGGAUAAAUUUAGUUUUUAU